GUUUCAGAUUUAUUGCUGGAUUUAAAAAGUCUUUGAUGGAAAUCCCUUUGACGCAAAGAGGAGAAAUGGUGAAUUAGGUGUUGCUGGAGGAACGUGUUAGCGUCUAGAGCGCAGCUCCGUUUCGAGCGACUCCUGUGGAUUGUGUCUGGUUGUUUCUCACUGUUGAUUUGGCCGCCGUGUAAACAUGUUGAGCAAAUUCUUGAUAUGUGCCAUACUUCUGUCAGUGGAACAUAGCCGUUGCAGAGCAGUUGAAUAUGAUGAAGAAUAUGAGGACGUUACUGUCAAUCAAAUGCUUGCUCCAAGAAGUCAGGAGACAGACGCAACUCUGAUACUUAAUAAUUUACUGAAAGAAUAUGACAAGAAUCUUCGGCCAGAUAUCGGGGGUAAGCCAACAAUGGUUGAUGUUGACAUAUAUGUGAACAGUAUAGGACCAGUUUCAUCAAUUGAUAUGGAGUACCAAAUUGACAUCAUAUUCGCCCAGGCGUGGACAGACACGCGUUUGAGGUACAACAGCACCAUGAAACUACUGACCCUCACCAGCAACAUGGUCGGACUUAUAUGGAUACCGGACACCAUCUUCCGCAACUCCAAACGCGCUGAAGCUCACUGGAUCACCACUCCCAAUCAACUCUUAAGGAUAUCAAACGAUGGUCGGAUACUGUACACACUGAGGAUGACCAUCAAUGCGGAAUGCCAGCUGCAGCUGCACAACUUCCCCAUGGACGAGCACUCCUGCCCCCUCAGCUUCUCCAGCUACGGUUACCCUCGAGAGGAGGUGAUUUACAAAUGGAAGAGGAACUCAAUUGAGCUCUCUGACCAGAAGUCCUGGCGCCUCUACCAGUUUGAUUUCACAGGCCUCAGGAACACAUCAGACAUCAUGACAACAACAGCAGGCGAUUAUGUGGUGAUGACAGUCUACUUUGAGCUAAGUCGACGCAUGGGCUACUUUACCAUCCAGACCUACAUUCCCUGCAUCCUAACGGUCGUCCUCUCCUGGGUGUCCUUCUGGAUCAAUAAGGACGCCGCUCCCGCAAGAACAGCCCUGGGAAUCACUACUGUACUGACCAUGACGACAUUGAGCACAGUGGCGAGGACGUCCCUUCCCCGUGUCUCCUACGUCACGGCCAUGGACCUCUUUGUGACCGUCUGCUUCCUGUUCGUGUUCGCCUCGCUGAUGGAGUACGCCUUCCUCAACUACUACUGCUACCGCGCCCAGAAGCCAAAGUUAGGAACCAAGUCUGAGAGGCCGGUGAGCGAGGAAGCACUGAGCUCCAAAAGAAGCCUAGAUGCCUACUCUUCGCUCAGCCUCAACCCAUCCCUGAGUUGUUCGCCGACGGUCAUCACCCUUAACAACUCCAUGUACUGGCAGGAGUAUGAUGACACCUGCCUUUACGAGUGCCUGGACGGUAAGGACUGCAAGAGCUUCUUCUGCUGCUAUGAGGAGUGCAAGGACGGGGACUGGCGCAAGGGACGCAUCCACAUCGACAUCAACGAGCUUGACUCCUACUCCCGCGUCUUCUUCCCCACCUCAUUUAUACUGUUCAAUAUUGUCUACUGGGUGGGUUACCUCUAUCUUUAGAGACUAGAUAAUGAUUUCAACAACCCCCCCCCCCCCCCCCCCACACACACACACACACACCCGUAUUGAUUUGGAUUUCAAAAAGGAAGAAACUGUGAUCCCACUGAGGACCCAUGAAACCUGAGCGUACUCUUUAUUUAUUCAAAGUGUUAUUUAUUUAUUUGUAACUUGAUUUCUCAAACCAGACCUUGAUAUGAGAUCCUGGGUACCCGGAUUACCUAUUGGUGUAGACCUUACCCCUACACCAUUCCUGUGACUGUUGAGAAAAUUAUCUCUUAGUAAGAAGCCCACCCCUCCACCCCCCACAUCUGUCGUCUCUGUCAACACCUAGUCUGGGGCAAGGUUCUCACCCACUUGUCUCUCAAACAUCUGCUUCACUCAACACACAUUUAUCUCUGCAAAAUGCAUAGUGCCUUCUUCAAGGAGCUGACUUACGUAUCAGGAGAUGGAACUGGACUCUGAAUAUUAGUGUAACAGGUUGGUAACGGUCUCAGAAGGACGCCAGAGUCCGAUGUGAACUGAGAGUGACAUGUCAAUGCUUAAAGGUACACACCGAGCGUGUCUGCCACUCUGAUCAUAGACCGCUCUUUUAGCAAUCAUAUCCUUCUCUGUCUCCCACGGUGUAGUUACUACGUCCAGAAAGAUAAUUGUUUGUUCUUUGAUUACCUGCACUAAUGAGCAAUUAUGUAACUUUCAAUGGUAAUGAUGGGUUGUGUUCAUUGUAAUAUGCAAAAGUAAAAGGUCCUUAGAAAUCUUGUAUUAGUUGGAGAUCUUCAUCAUUUCCACAACAGUAUGAUCCAGAUCACCCAGUGCAAUCUAGUGUAAGAACACUGCUUUCUACAGACAUCCAGUUUUCAUAGCAUUUACUUGGCACUUCACUCUUUUUCUCACUGAAUAAGUCGACCAAUUCAAGGAAACAUGGUUCUAAGUGACUUUGUGACUAGUCAACAUGUUUUUUGUGUCUUUUUCUUUCUGAUGUCCUGGUCAGAAAAAUAAUAUAUUGCUAUGUUUAAAGUUGUAGUAAAAAGAGUUUAAAUAUUUUAUUCUUAAACUGAGAGAGAAAAAAUAAGAAAUACGAUAAGACAGUUUCCUACAGUAGUCUAUUUACAAUAAUGCUACAUGACAACAAUCAUGACAGAUAUACUUACUGUAGGUUUAUAACAGAGGUAUUUUUUUCACCUUUUUACAGUAUCAGUAAAUGAUGUUACACUUUAUAAGUGUCAGAUUUUAGUGUGUUUAUAAUAAAUCCAGUGUUUUAUAAGUAGACAAUGCUUAUCUUGUUUUGUUACAGAAGACAAGAGGAUAUAACUGUAUGAGGUGUAUG